GUUCAAAAGACGUGGUAAAUUUGAAUAUCUAACCUAUUUUUAGGUUAUUUGUUUGAAUUGCGAUUGUGAUAAAAGUAAAACACCAGUUGUUGUAAAAAUGAGGCUACUAAACACAAUAGCUUGUACAUAUUUCAUGGUAGUUUUGAGUAGAGCGACUUUAACUCCUAAAUCUCCAAAGAGCAAUAAGGAAAAUAAAAAAGUAGAGAAGGCAAUAGCAGGUCCUGUUGAUAAAAAUGUAAAGGAAAGAGGUUUAAUUACGGAGAGCCCUUCGCCAAAUGACAUUAUCAGCAAUCACCAAAGUUACUACGCAGAGACCGACGAGGCUAACAUAGAUGGUAUAGUUUUAGGAUACGUUACACCGUGGAAUAGUCAUGGAUAUGACAUCGCAAAGCAGUUUGGAAACAAAUUCACUCACAUCAGCCCCGUAUGGUUACAAAUUCGCCCGAAAGGUUCUUUAAAAUACGAAGUGACAGGCACACAUGAUGUUGACCGUGACUGGAUGACCGACGUGCGUAAGGCCGGAGCACGGAUUAAAGUUAAAAUGGUUCCCAGAAUUUUAAUUGAGGGAUUUACGAAUGACGAUUACAGUGACUUAUUGGGAAAUGCUGAUGCUGUACGUGCUUUUAGCAAAACAAUAACUGAAGCCGCCAAGAAGUGGAAAUUUGAUGGAUAUGUCUUGGAGAUUUGGCCACAAAUUGCCAGUCGCCUUCGUGACGCAUCUGUCCUCGUAGAGCUAAUAAAGAACAUUAGUGACUAUUUGAGGGAAAGGAGAUUGGACACAAUUUUAGUGAUACCUCCACAGAGAGAUGGGGUGAGCAUGUUUAACGGAGAGCACUACAGCGCGUUAUAUAAUCAUCUCACCGCUUUCUCAUUAAUGACUUAUGAUUUUUCGAACAUACAACGUCCAGGACCAAAUGCCCCAAUACAGUGGGUGAAAGAAUGCAUUUCGUUCUUAACAUCAGAUCCAAAGAAACACGACAAGAUUUUAACCGGCUUCAAUUUUUAUGGCAAUGCGUAUACAGCUACCGGCGGAGGUCCUAUUGUAGGUCAUCAGUACUUGGACUUAUUAAAGCAGUAUAAAGGGCAGCUACUUUACGACUCAAAUUCAGAGGAAAAUUACUUUCAAGUCAGGACAAGCGAGGGUAAGCAAAUGGUUUUCUAUCCAACGUUGCAGUCAAUUAAUCAACGAAUUGAGUUAACCAAAGAGUUGGGCACUGGCGUAUCCAUUUGGGAGUUAGGACAGGGGCUUGAUUACUUUUAUGAUCUAUUAUAAGUAAUACACUUCUUAUGAUUCCAAGCUACACAAAUAUAUGUGGGUUUUUAUUUUGUUAA